AUGGGUGAAAAAGCUGUUUCGUCGAAAACAAAAUGGCAAGUCAUUGAAAUGCAUAAAAUGAAAAUAAACAAUAGAGAAAUUGGCAGACGCCUAAAUAUUUCUGAAUUCAGCGUUCGUACAACAACAAAAAAUUAUUUAUCAACUGGUAGUGUCCAUGAUAAACCUCGUACUGGGCGUCCGAAAAAACUGACAGCACGCGAUGAAAACAUGCUUUACAUGCUAAACAGAUGUAACCUAAAAGCGGGAGUAUCAACUUUAAGUGCAGAAAUCAAUAGUUCGCUGGUAGACAAAACAAAAAAACAAGAGGUUUGUUCGUCGCAAAAAUACAGAAAAAUAUUUGAAGCAACACCUAUUAAGCCGUAUUCAAAAAGGCGGUGGUUCCGUCGGCAUAUGGGAUGUAUAUCAGGCUCAGGCGUUGGCUGUCAUAAAAUAUACGAAGGAAGAUUAAACCAGUAUGAGCAUUGUGACAUUUUGGAAAACGCGCUUAUCCCUAGUCGCGAUUUGUUUCAGGCUGAUCAAAACUGGUUAUUUCAACAAGACAAUUCUCCAUGCCAUACAGCGCAUUCAAUCACUGAUCAUUUCCUUAAAAGUAAUAUUCAACUUAUGCCUUGGCCAGCACGAUCACCAGACUUAAACCCAAUUGAAAAUUUAUGGAGCAAGAUGGAUUAUCAACUAACAAAAAAGCAAAUAACUAGUCAAGAAAUGCUCAAACAAGAACUGACCAAACUGUGGCUUGAAAUACCAAUCAAGAUGAUUGAAAACUUAAUUUAA